AGCGACACGAACUGCGUCUUGGUGGGCGUCGUCUUCGCUGCGAACUUGCAUUUGGUGCUCAAUAUACAUACACUUCGCUUUGGUCUUCUAAGCCGCAAGUUGUGCCGGCGCUGCUCACGUCGUCCCGUCUUCCGGCAAAGAAAGGAGGAAAUAUUCAACGCCGCAUCCAUGUGGACGGUCAUCCGCAAGCGACAGGGCCUCUCGCCCAACAAAGCGCCGAACCGCCCAGACACCGACUACGGCUGCCAUCAGCGCUGUAUUCAGCUGCACGAGGUGCGCCCCGACGUCCCGCCCAGCGACCCCACCGCCUUCAGCAAAGCCUACGGGGGCUUCAUCUACAUGAAAAUCCGCCGGUGGAUGCUCGACGAGCGGGAGCACGUCCGCCUGCAGGCCGUCGAUCAUUUGAUUGAGUGCUACACGGAGAAGCGGGAGCACUGCGUGGCGAGUCUGCCGUACAACAUGCUGCCUAUUUUGCUGCUCGCGUUAGAAAGAGAUGAGAGCGCUGCGGUGCGCGAACGCGCCGGUCUGGCGCUGGAGAUGCUGGUGCGUGAGACGCAGACGCAGAAGCUGCUGUUAGAGUCACCGGAUCUCUUCGAGGAGCAGGAGGGGCUGCCCGUUAAGAAAGCAGCGGCGCUGCGCAACGUCAGUCCCAUUUUAGCUUCGCUGCACGACACGAACGACGAUGUCGUCGUGACGGGGCUGCGGGUGGUGUUGUCGUGCCACGCGUGGCAGAACUCCUUUGCGGUCACGGCGGCCCUCGUGCAGGGCGGCAUCCUCCCUCGUUUAGUAGAGCUCAUCCAACACACGAACACCUCCGUCGCGAUGUUCGCGUGCUCGGCCACGCGGCAGGCCUUUCAGGUGAAGGAGGCGCACGUACAGCUGCUGCGGCUACACGUAGUGUCUGCCGUGACAAGCGCCAUCGUGGCCACCGACGCCGUGCCGCUGAUUGCGGAGGCGGCUGAGGUGCUGUCGUUGAUUGCGGAGUAUCCACAGGGCAGGCGAGACGCGCUGGCGUGCCGCACCUUAGAAGCCCUGCUUCCGCACUUCUCCAACGGCAACUUGACGCUGCGUGUGGCCCUCUUCAGCGCGGCGGCGCAGAUCACAGUGCUGGAGGCGGCCAAGAUGCAGGCGACAGAGCUCGGCAUCCCCGCCCUGCUCGUGCACGAGAUUGCGCGAGAAGAUGAGCGCGACGUGCUGAUGCACAUGCUUCGUCUGCUGUACAACCUGGCAGAGUGGCCGACGGCGCGCGCUGCUCUGCGCGAGUGUCUGCCGCGCAUUGCCGCCUUGAAGUCCGUUGCGGAAGGCGAUGAUGUCGUGAUGCUUGCGCUGCAGCAGGGCGAAACGAUUUUGAACAAAAAGGGAGCGAUGCCGGUCAAAGCAGCAUAG